AUGAAAGUGGAAGCAAAAGGUGCAAAAGGGAUCAAAGGCAAAGGCAAAGGAAAAGGACUUGGAAAGAUCGGAGGAAAACAAAAAAGGCGCCACGUGAUCAGAGAAAACAUCCAAGGAAUAACCAAGCCUGCAAUUAGACGUCUAGCUCGUAGAGGAGGAGUUAAAAGACUAAGUGGGCUUGUAUAUGAUGAAACUAGAAACGUCCUAAAGUCAUUCUUAGAAAACGUGGUCCGUGACGCCGUCACUUAUACAGAGCAUGCCAGAAGAAAAACAGUCACAGCACUUGACGUCGUCUACGCUCUAAAGCGCCAAGGAAGAACUUUAUACGGAUUUGGAGGUUAA